AUGCCUAUUUGCUCACGGAAUGGAUGCAAGAAGGACUUCGAAGAGGGUACCAGCGAGCCUUGCAUCCAUCACCCUGGUGCUCCGGUAUUCCACGAAGGACUCAAGUCAUGGUCUUGCUGUCAGGAUGUAAACAAGCCUGUGACAGACUUCGACGAUUUUCUGAAAAUACCUGGAUGUUCUACAGCAGAUCAACACGACGCAAAUGCAGCACCUGUGGAGGCCGUAAAGUCGACCCCCAACACCAGUUUGCACAUGACAGAGACACCAGACGGUAAAGAGGUUUAUGGGUCUUCAAAGCAGACACGAACUGCGUCACAGGACGCCGUGAUCGCGCCGACUCCCGUUAUCCAAGAGGAAGACGAUCCAAGUGUCCCCGUAAGUCCCGGUACGCGGUGCAGACGCAAGGGCUGCGGGGUUGCCUUUGUUAGUGACGCUCUGAAUAGAAGUGAGGAUGGUGAGGGUUCGGUUUGCAUGUAUCACCCUUUACCACCACUCUUUCGAGAAGGUAGUAAGGGGUACCUGUGCUGCAAGCGCAAAGUCCUUGAAUUUGAAGAGUUUCUGAAAAUCGAGGGUUGCACGAAGGGACGACAUGUGUUCACACCCAAAGUCUCCGACAUCACGACCGAAGAAAAAGUCUCUUGUCGAAUCGAUCACUAUCAAACCGUUGACAAAGUUCACGUAUCUGUCUUCGCGAAAGCAGUUGACAAAGAUAAAAGCAAUAUUGCAUUCGAAGCUUCCCAGGUAUCGAUAGAUUUAUAUCUACCCCAGUCUAAACGAUUUUCUCGAAAACUCGAUCUUUUUGGCCCAAUCGACCCUACUCUUUCGACUUACAGCGUAUUGGGAUCGAAGGUUGAAUUGCACUUGCACAAGCAAGAUACUCGGAGUUGGACCGUCUUGGAGAAACCAACCCAAAGCCUUGGAAACAUCAGUCUAACGUUUGGUGUGGGUGGAAGAACAGGCACGAUUGGAGGGAAGGAGGUGGUUUUGGAUGGGUCCAACAAGGCUCGCGGCUGA